UCUCCCUUUUAUUACACUCUAUUCCAUCCGUGUUCUCAACUCUACAAUUUCGCAUCCCCGUUUCCGCAGUCUUUCUCGCAUAUCCAAUCCCUAUUACCCGCUUCUUCUUCUUCUCCAUAACAGGAAUCCCUUCUUGGGUUUCUUCAUUUUCAGCUCCCAUGGCUUCUGCUUGUGGAAAGCUUUCAUCUUUGUCUUGAUGCACAGGGUGAAAAGAUUAGAAAGGAAGUUGAAGGAAGAGGGUGAUUAGAGCAUUGUAAUAACAUACUUAUUCUGUGCUGUGUUCCCACUUUUUCUCUCUUCCUUUGCACCCCAAAGGCCACCAUUAUAGAGAUGACAAAGGAGUAUGGUGGAUCCCCAAAGAUUCAACAGCUGGAAACAAGGAGAAAACAGCUAACAUGGAUUUUGGGAGUAAGUGGCCUCUGCAUCCUAUUCUAUAUUCUAGGAGCAUGGCAAAGUACAACACCUCUCCCUUCAACUCAAUCUGAAGUUUACAAACGCGUUGGCUGUGAUAAUCAAUCCUCCCAAACAGGAAAUCCUCCUGAAGUCCCAACCCCAUCACCAUCAUCACCAUCAUCACCAUCAUCGUUGUCAUCGUUGCCACUGCAGCCAGCCCCGUUCGACUUUCAGAGCCAUCACCAAUUAGAGGUGAAGGAUUCUUCGGAGCACGAAAACUUUCCACCCUGUGGUAUGAAUUUCAGUGAGUAUUCUCCAUGCCAGUAUCCACCGAGGGGAAGGACAUUCCCUCGUGACAUGUUAAGGUACAGGGAGAGGCAUUGCCCCACAAAGAAAGAUCUCAUUAGGUGCCUCAUUCCUGCUCCCCCCAACUACAAGAGGCCUUUCCCGUGGCCCCAGAGCAGAGACUAUGCUUGGUUUGCCAAUAUCCCCCACAAAGAGCUUAGUGUCGAGAAGGCCGUUCAGAAUUGGGUCCAAGUGGAAGGCGACCGCCUAAGAUUCCCAGGAGGUGGCACUAUGUUCCCCCGCGGAGCUGAUGCUUACAUCGACGACAUCAAUGAACUCAUCCCCCUCAGUAAUGCAGCCAUUCGAACUGCACUCGAUACAGGCUGUGGAGUUGCAAGUUGGGGCGCUUUCUUGUUGAAACGAGACAUUAUAGCCAUGUCUUUUGCCCCGAGAGAUACACACGAAGCACAGGUUUGGUUUGCACUCGAGAGAGGAGUUCCAGCUAUUCUUGGCGUGAUGGGUGCCCAAAGACAGCCAUUUCCUGCACGAGCUUUCGAUAUGGCUCACUGUUCCCGCUGCUUGAUACCUUGGGCGGACUAUGAUGGGCUGUAUUUAACAGAAGUGGACAGAAUCCUUAGGCCGGGAGGGUAUUGGAUACUUUCGGGGCCUCCUAUCAACUGGAAGAAAUACUGGAAAGGUUGGGAGAGAACGAAAGAAGAUUUGAAGCACGAGCAAGAUUCGAUUGAGGAUGUUGCCCGACGAUUGUGCUGGAAAAAGGUAGCUGAAAAUGGCGAUUUGUCUGUGUGGCAAAAGCCUCCCAACCAUUUUGGCUGUUCCACGAGAAGAUCAAUGGCUAGUUCAAUACCCUUCUGCAAAUCGAACAAUGCUGAUGAAGCUUGGUACAAAGAUAUGGAACACUGCAUAACCCCGCUGCCUGAGGUAAGCAAUGUAGAUGAAGUUGCGGGUGGGGCAUUAGUGAACUGGCCAGAACGGGCCUUCGCUGUUCCUCCUAGGAUUCUCAGUGGUUCAGUACCAGGAAUCACACCCGAGAGAUUCAAAGACGAUAACGAGGUGUGGAAGCAACGGUUGUCAUACUACAAGAAGCUCGUGAGUGCCUUACCCCAAGGGCAUUAUCGCAACAUAAUGGACAUGAAUGCUGGUUUAGGUGGCUUUGCAGCUGCCUUGUCGAAAAUCCCAGUUUGGGUAAUGAAUGUUGUCCCUGCUCACAUACAGCCCAACACUCUCGGCUUAAUCUACGAACGAGGCUUCAUUGGCACAUACAAUGACUGGUGCGAGGCCUUCUCAACCUACCCUCGAACCUAUGAUCUCAUCCACGCUGCCAACGUGUUCAGCAUCUACCAGGACAGGUGUGACAUCAGCUACAUUCUGCUCGAGAUGGACAGGAUCUUGAGGCCGGAAGGGGUAGUGAUAUUCAGAGAUGUGGUGGAAGUGUUGGUGAGAGUGAGGAGCAUAACAGAUAGAAUGAGAUGGGAAAGUCACAUUGUGGAUCACGAAUCUGGACCGUUUAACCCGGAGAAGAUCCUCGUUGCUGUCAAGACUUACUGGACAGGCAACACUGAGGGACAACAAAGAUAGUUGAUGUUUUUCAGUUGACAGUUUGGAGGUUGUUUUUUUUUUCAUUUUAGAUGACAGGUCUCAUGAUUCAUGAACUUGAUUCUUUGUAGAAAACUAUAUUAAUCCUUUAUCUGUUAGGAAAGCUAAGUAAGAACUAGAUUGUAGACUUAGUAGUGCAAGAAUGGUUCUUUUUGU